CAAACGUCUUGGUUUUCUUUCUUUUUGCGCUCUCGGGCGGCCUCUUCUUUUCCGUCGUCCUCCACAAAUGGAAUGCGGUACAUGCGCUUCAACGCAUAGGAAAUUUUGGUGCUCCAGCUGCAUAAGUGAAAGACUUCAAAAUCACGUAUCCAACUACACUGUACUCGCCGUUGAGCGGGAUUCUCUGGCAGAGCGCAUUCAUACAAUCCUUGGCUCUAACCGACCACCUACUGGAAUAUCACCAGCCGAGGAGGCAGAGGCAGCAAAGGGACGUAUAAAAGCAGUAGAGAGUUCCAUUGCCGCUGCGAGGGAAGCAGUUCAGAAAGGUAGAGAAGAGCUCAAGACUGUACGCCGUACUAUCAAUCAGCGUCGUCAGAUUCUAGCGCAAGCACACGCAACGUUAGAACACGAGCGGUUACGAAGUAUCGGGAAUAUCCGACAGGAAGUGGACCAUGGACGGGGAAAGUAUCGGCAAGCGGCCGAAGUGCUGAUGCAGUCCCGUCGGCUGUUGGUACGAGAAGUUGUGUCCAUAUUUCGGUUGAGAAAGGUCCAACGUAAACAAGGCAAAGAAGCGAUUGGUGGAGGUGUGAUGAGCUCUGCAAUCUCUACAUAUUCUGUUCGUAAUGGAACAUCAUCAUCAUUGGUUUCAUCGGGGGUGACCACGACACAAUCUCUACCCAUCGCACGGACCUCUACUAGUGCGUUGCUCUCUUCUUCACCCGACGUGCCUGAGUAUCGUAUUAUUAAUGUUGGAUUUCCGAUAUUCGGGUAUUCUCUGAGCUCCCCGCAUGAAAGAUUCAAUGCUGGACUCGGUUACGUUAUCCACAUGACCAUACUGCUUUCCCACUACCUUCAUGUGACGCUGCCGUUCCAAAUCGUCAAUAAAGGUGCUCGAUCUUUUGCGCAAGCAGCCUAUGUGGAUUCUUCGUCCGAAUUCAGUCACUUGCCGUUGUACCUUUCCGAUAAUAAUGUUGAAGCGUUCACUGUGGGACUCUCAAUGCUUAACUAUAAUAUUGCCUACUUGUGUUAUACCCAGGGAGUCGAUAUUCCAAUUUAUCAAGUACACAAUACGCUUGAGAACCUGGCAUUGUGCUGUCAAGCGCCAGAUCUGGGCUGUGACGUCAGCCGUCCUCGCCGGGACAGUCCUCACGGCCCUCAGUCCACUACAGCGUCGUACCCAUCUCCACGGGAACCAUUCUCCCUGGACUUUCAAAAAGUGGUACGGCUACACAUUGCAAUAAGGACACGGAGAUGGGUGGUGAGCGAGAUCGCCGCGUUAAGAAAUGAUGGUGAGCCAAAGUCAGAAUAUACGAUAUCUCCGUCCUUGAGACAGAUUUUGGAGGAAAAUUCCGAAGAUGAGGAUGAAACUGUAUCUGGAUGGCAUUUAGUAGAUGAACCACUGCCGCCGCAUGUAUGAUAAAUGUAUGUAGAUAUAUGUUGUGUUGUAUAUAACGUUAAAUCGGAAGAGGACGUACGAUAAGUCUUUCACCAUA